UCAAAAGUGAAUAAAAUGAAAUGAUUCAAUAAAACAGGCAGUAUUUCACAAAAUGGAUCAGAACCUUGCAGGUGGGGAUGUUGGCGGAAAAAAGGCACCCGUGACACCAAAAGGCGCAGAUGGAUAUGAGUCAUCCUCAACAGAAGAAGAGUAUGAACAGGCAUCGGAAGAAUUUUCAGCAGAUGUUUUAGAGCAAAUAUCUCAGGCGUCGCACGAAUACGACAAAUUGCAAGUGUUUAAUCAGUCAAUGUGCCUGAUAUAUACGGACGAAAACGACAUUCUGCAAGUCGAAAAAAACGUUGUCGCGGAAUUUGAGACGAUUGCUCUGCCCAUGGUCGUUGUUGGUGUCGCUGGCUUGUAUCGCACAGGAAAGUCAUAUUUGCUGAACAUAAUUGCACAGGGAAAAGGUUUCCAAACAGGGCACUCUGUAAGGUCAACAACAAAGGGAAUAUGGGUGUGGUGCAUGAUGCACCCUAGGCAAAAGGAUACAGUCUUAGUGCUGUUAGACUCAGAAGGACUUGGGGACGUAGACAAGAAUUCUAACGUCCAUGACCUGAAGAUUUUCACACUUGUCACGCUUCUCUGCAAUGUUCUGAUUUACAACAUGCAGGGUGUGUUUGACCGACAAGCCCUGGAAACUUGGAGUAUCCUUUUCUUUAAUGCAUAAAAUAAAUACUAUUCGGUAAUUAACAGAUUGAGAGUAAGGACCACGCUUCGUUGUUAACAUUUAACGUUCAUUGGGGGGUAAUUCAGUGUAUUUACCAAUUAAUAGUUGUCCUUAUUCAUUUUCCGUGAAGCUCGUAAAAUAAAGUCAGAAAGUUUGAAUUAAACAUAAAAGAGUGUCUAUAUCUUUUUUUAAAAUAGUCCAUGUUACGAAAACAACUGCAAUUAUAAUCUAGUUGAAACAUAAUUAUUCAGAUGUAAAUUUUGCACGUCAUUUCAAUGAUGUACUUUCUUUAUGCCAUUAUGUGCGUGACGUCAAAUUUAAUACUCAAAAUGCACUAUUCAUUGUCAACAUAUAACCAUAGAACCAUACAAGGACAUUGUCAUUAAUACUGGUGAUAUAUACCGAUAAAAAACAGUUUUAAUGUCAUUAAUACAUUGAUUGGAGUUGCAUUUACAAUCCCUUUUCAAAAAAUAGUAUUAUAUCAUUGAUAACGCCUACCAAUUCAAACCUCACAACGGUGAUGCCACUCCCUUUAAGUAUUAUUAUCCCUGUACAUCGAAGUAAUAAUCGCACAUUGGUUUUCGAUAUUUUAAAAUUAAUUUAGAUUACUUUCAAAUAACGUAAUAAUAUGUGCAGUCGAGGCCCGUUGGCUCGAAAUCCGGGGGACCGACGAAAUAUCUAAAGCCUCGGGGAGCCAAGCGGGAAUGCCUACCUUCAGUAUAAACAUGACAUUGCAUUUUGUUCAAGCCAAUGGGGAAGUAGAGCCAAGCGAGUUUGGGCUAACGGGAUUCAACUUUAAUUUUUUAAACGUUUUUGAACCCAAGCUUUAUUCAUCGAUGUCAUGAAUUUGUUUAAAUUAUUUUAUUUUGUCAGUCUUCAAUCAAUACAACAUUCUAUAUAUCUAUCUUACAAAAAAUCGUUAUAAAUUCACUGUUUAUAUUGACCUUCCUUCCUUUCAUUAGUGUUUGAAAUUGCCAUUGAACCGGUUACAAUUAACUUCCCAAAAUGAUGAUUUUGCUGUUUUCAAUAAGAAUUGUUAUCGAAUUUGUAUUGAUCUGAAGUUGUCCAAAAUAGUCCAAUUAUUGCAACAUGAUAUGAGCAUAGCCUUAUGUAUGCGUAUGAAACAUAUUUGAAAUCCUUAAAAACAUUCAGAUUGGUUUCAAAAAUGUUGGACAAAGUUAAAUUUAAUGGAAAAUGCAAUGAUGGAAAUUUACACAUUGUUUUGCCAUCAUUUGCUUUAGUUCUGCGAGAUUUUACAAAGAAAUUGGAAGGGAAAAACGGUAAGGUAAUCACAGCUGAUGAAUACUUGGAAAACGCAUUGGAGAACAAAAAAGAAAGUCAUGAACAAUACAACAAUACAAGAGAAUGUAUCAAAAGAAGUUUUCAAAAACGUAGAUGUUUUGCUAUGCCUCCCCCCGGGGACUACGAAUUGAUUCAAAAUCUUGAAAACAUUUCGAUUUCUACAACAUGCAAACAUUUUCGAACAUCAAUGGAUCAGAUGCUGAAAUACGUCUACAAAGAACAACCAAAGCGGCUUUUGACUAGUAAACCCAUAAAGGGUUCAGUUUUUGCAAAUCUAGUCCGUGAUUUGUAAAGAGCAUUUCCAAAGAAGGCGUUUCUGAUGUUGAUGCUACGUUCACAAGGGUGGCCGUUGAAGAAAACGAACAAAUCGGCAUAGCUGCAUCCAAAAUAUUCCAAAGGCACAUGGAAUAUUUAAGUCUGCCAAUUAAAAGAAGAGAACUACAUCAACAAUGCACUGUUGCGAAAGAUGCUGCGUAUCAACAUGUCUUUGAACAUUCCAUUUUGGACGGAAUAAAUGGAAACGUGGGCUUAAACUUUGCAAGGGUACAUAGUUAUAAAAUAAAGAGAAAAUUGAAGUAAUCUGGAAAGGAACUGAGGAAAGAAAUGAAAAACAGAUUGAAGAGAAAUGUAUAAAAAUCCUUGAGGGAUGCAGUAAAUACAGGCAGCUCAAAGAACAUGUCGAAUCUAAAGAGUGUUGGAAGGGAGAUGGCAUUCGUGAUUUUCGCAAAAUAUGCAGUGAUAUUGAGGAUGAGUACAACGAAAAGCUGGCUUCUUUCGAAGAUCAUGAGAGGCUUCCUGUAUGGCAGAAAUUUGCAAAAGAAAUAUUGAAGACAGAGGCAGAAAUGCUUGAGUUCGAGCAGUCCUGGAAACUGAACGAAGCACGUUUUAAAUACGAAUGCCUACAAAUGGAACAACAAUCAGAAAGAGAAUUUGCAGCGCGUCGAGAGCAGAUAUUACUAGAAGAAAUCUCCCACAUUGCAAAGAAUAUAAACAUGCGUGAACGGGAGAAAAUGUGCGAAAGAGCCAAGAAAGCCAAUGAAGAGAACGCGAAGAUGUGCUGGUUAAUGUGAAUAUUACUGCAGUAGCUUUGACAAACAUCUGUAAUCAAACGGAUUUGUGUAUAGCUAACUUAGAUUUUACUUAAUCUACGUAAUACCUGUUAUUUUUGAUUAUGCAUUUUUUCUUUAAAUAUCUUGUUUUAGCUUUGCCACUAUUUGUUAUUUUUUUAAAUCUGUUUGUUUCUUUAUAAGAGCUUUGUUAUUUGUCGAUAUUACUGUUUUUCUUUGUUUUGAAGCUGAUCCGUGUCAACAUAUAUUUUUAUUUAAUAUCUAUCAGUACCCUCUUUGACAGUUUGUAUCUAGUUCUCCUGUUUUUAUAUCUCAUGAAUUAACACACAUGAGAAGAAAACAUGACAUUUUUAACCACCUAUGUAUUACAUGUAUCUGUCAUUUACCAAUAUGUUUACGAAUAUGCUUGUGUGUAUGGGCGUUAUCACUGUAUGGUUUGUUUGAGUGUGCAUGAAAAUGAAUAAAUUUGAAAUUGA